AUGGAAGGCUUAGAUUCAGUUUUGUUGUCUGGUAAAACCAAACACCAGCCGGUUCGAUCUGUGAGUCUUCCUUCAAGAAUCUAUCCACUCUCUGCUAAACUCAGAGCAGCCUUGAACCGGCUCAGUAUCUGGCAUCGAUCUUCUUCCUCAAUCUGUGUUUCCACUUCUUUAGGGUUCGCGACGCUUCUCGUUGGACUCGUGAACCUCACUGAGCUCUACGGUUGCAUCCACGAGCUACUUGAGUCCCCUUACGUGAGACACACUCUUCUUCAUCACCAGAAGGGGAAACUUCUAGACGAUUCUUUAAAUGGAUCUGUUGUGCUGCUCGACGUGUGUGAGGCCGCAAGGGAUAUCAUAGUCACAACGAGAGAGCACGUGAUGAAUCUCAAAUCAGCUCUUCGUAGGCAAGGUAGCGUAGAGAAGGAGGUUACAGCAUAUGUUGACUUGAGGAAGAAGGCAAAGAAAGAACUCUCUAAACACAUCAUCGCACUUAAGAAAAUGGAAACCCUAGAUAUUUCCACGAACAUAGAUCAAGAUCCAGCGAUAGCAUCUACAACUACUCUGAGAGAGACAAUCAAAAUCUCUGUCUCGAUUCUCAGACAUCUUUUGCUGUUCCUAUCGACAAUACCACCGUCUCAAGCAAGGAAAAUCAAGAACAACAUUGGGUUCUUCUCGAUUCCUAUUGCAUCGACGUCAUUAUCAGAUACAUAUCUGGAUCUGAUCAAAGAAACGAAAAGUCCUGAUGAUGUCUUUUUGGGUUCGAGAAGGACCUUUGUUGAAGUCGAGACGAUGCAGAACGAGAAGAUGAAGAGGAGAGAUGUUGUUGAAGAGGGUUUUCGUGAUCUGGAGACAGAACUGGACUCUGUUUUCAAGUGCUUAGUUAAAAACAGAGUUUUGUUACUUAAUAUCCUGAGUAGCUGUUGAGACAUCUAUCUUUGUCCUCGAAUUGUUUUGCUUGCA